AUGAGGGCGACGCCGGCCGCGUCGGCGACCGAGAUGAGCACGAUGAGGCUGGUCUUCAUCGGCUGGCUAGUGCCGCCGGCGCUGCCGCCGGAGCCAGUGGUGGUCGGAGGCGGCGUGGAGGAGGAUGCCGACGGCGGGGCCGCGCGGCAGGGGACCUGGAGCGGGAAACCGCAGAGCCCGGGGUUGUUGAGGAAGGCCGUGGCGCCCUGGCUGGCGAGGGACCCGGACUGCGGGAUCUCGCCGGAGAGGUUGUUGAAGCGGAGGUCGAGGGUGACGGUCGCCGGGAGACGUCCCAGCUCCGGCGGCACCGCGUCGGAGAGGCGGUUGCGGGAGAUGUUCAGUGUGCCGGCCAGCGCCUGGAGCUUGCCGA